GCUGUAUGUAAGAAAUCUAUUUUAAUUAAUCAUAAAAUGGCCCUGAUGUGUCACUAGACAUUAAGAAAUCAUGUUCAUUUCAUAUACGUAUAUCACUGACAACAGUAGUCCGGCCAGGAUAUUGUCAUUUAAAAAGUGGACUUGCAGCCCUCAACUGAUGUUGUUGUUGUCAUUUUGUGUUUUGGCCUGACGCGCCUCCCUCCUCCUAUCUACCAAUCACGAAGUCAGUAGUGUUUCGGGAUCCGUGUUGCCAGCUUUGCUGUAACUUACUCUAACUCCAGUCGGAUAAAAAUGUCUGUUACUAAAUCAAAAAGACCUCGUUAUAAUUCCGAAAUUCGUCGUGACAAAGUCCGAAAUAAAACCAGAAUUUGUAUUGGAGAUGCUUUUGAACGAUGGAGACGGCUGAAAACGGAGAAGAAUUUGAACACAGAUGCCAACGUUGCUAAUUUUCUCCUGGACAGCUAUUAUGGCCCCAGCACCUCAACACCCAGUAAGAGAAACUUGAAGAAGCACCACCUGACUGCACCAUCACUUUCCAGUAUUGUAUGUGCAUCAUCUGAAACACUUUCAAAUCGAGAGGACCUGUCGCCUAUUGAGGAAAGACUGGAAGAUGAUGAGCGGACCAUGGAUGCCUCUGAGGUUCUGGAGGAAAGUCUACAGAACAUGAGCAUCCAGGAUGCUGAAACCCAGGUCAUGAAUGAGCAGGAGAUAAAUGAUCUAAUGAACAGUGUAAUUGAUUGGGGGGACAGUGAAGGUGUUAGUAAUGAGGAGAUUGAAGCAGAUGACAGUGAAGAUGAGGACUAUGUCCCUCGUAUUUGUAUUCGGUUGGGUGGAGCAUUGCAGGCACCACCAUGCAUUGACAAUCUGCCUGUGAUAGAUGCCAGUGAGACAGUACAUGACAUCCCGGAUGUAGAGCCUCCAUCAGUCACCUUACCUACACUUCAACAACCUGGCUUUCCUGAUACACUGGAGGUCAUGACUGAAGAUGACCUAAUCGGGAAACGGGCCUCCAUCACUUAUGAGGACAGUUUGAGGCAGCUUGCAACAUUACUUGUGCUUCCGGUCCAAAAGUGCCCAUACACAUGUGACAUCAGUAAAAUGGAGUGUCAGUGUCGCCCUCCAUUUGAAGUUUCCAUUACACACAGGGGUACUGCAAGCAUCAUGGAAUGGGUAUGUGUUGUAAUCAUACUACAUUGCAAAUAA